UGCAAUAUGGCUACGUCCCUGGGCUCAAACACCUACAACAGACAGAACUGGGAAGAUUCGGUCUUCCAAUCCAGGUCAGAGACACGGGCAUGUCCAUUAAAGACGACAUGCCAAGGUCUGACGUGAACAAGGAAUAUUACACUCAGAACAUGGAGAGAGAGAUCCAGAACUCAGACGGUACCAGACCGGUGGGGAUGCUGGGUAAAGCACAGAACCUCAGUGACAUGCUGCUGAAGCUGGCACGAACCACGCCGUACUACAAACGCAACAGACCCCAUAUCUGCUCCUUCUGGGUGAAGGGAGAGUGUAAGAGAGGAGAGGAGUGUCCCUACAGGUUUUGGACCUCCCAUGUUCCACCCCAUGGGCCCUCCUCCACCUCCUCCGAUGGCUUUGAGACCUCCAGGCCAGAUCCAUUACCCUUCAGAUCCAUGUUUCCAGGUCCAUGCUGCGAUUGAUUGCCUCCUCAUGUGGACUAGUAAAGAUUCCCUCACUGCUGCGGUUAUUGAUCUGUGAAGGUGAUGUCAUCAGAGAUACAGAGUGAUUGACUGGUAUACAAUGGUAUGGUCAUGUGAUUGGGGAUGCUAUUGUGAGUGCAGUGCCACAUCAUCAUGCAUCAGUCACAUCUUACACACAGACACAGCUUACCAACAAAUAGGCCCUUGUUAUUAAAGUUUACCCAUCUUACUUCAGACACAAACUCUCUGCCUCCUCGUUAUCAUCAGUCAAGGUGUUUAAAACAUCAUCAAAAUGCUAACUUGAGUUUACAUUGAAAACAAAGCGCUGUUUAGGACUUUUUGCAGUUUGACACGAAAAAUUUAACC